CGUCUCUCCUCUCUAUAAUGUUACAGUGUGUCUUCAGUCGUCUUGGCCGGCGGUGGUGACGACGGCGAUGCGCGUUCAACGAAAGUGCAAUAGUAAAAAAAUCGUUUAAACAAUUCACCAUGUCCGUUUGUCUUGCACGUCGCUGAACGCCGAUCCACGCUCGAUAAAAGUUUGCCGGUUCGACAGCGAUGAAGAGUCGACUGCGCGUGCCGUUGACACCUUUACUGGCGGUGCUCCUGGCCGUCGUACUGCCGGCAUCGGUCACCGGCCAGCAAUGCUACGAACCACUGGAUUCCGAUCCGUACCUGUUCUUCUCGCACAAAACGGCGUACCAGCUGAUCUACAACUCAAAGUUCAAACCCGUGCCUUAUUGUCGACCAACGUUUGUCUGGAUGUUCAUUAGACAUGGCACGAGCUAUCCGACGGCUAACGAGUCUUCAGCCAUCCGGCAAUUGCAUCUGUUCAAAGACAGAGUGAUCAACAAUCACGAAGAACGCCGUGAUGGACAUUUGUGCAAAAGCGUCCAGGACAGUCUGAAACGCUGGGAGUUCGAAGUGAACCCAAUGUCCGAGGACGACAUUUCGCCCCAAGGCAAGAUGGACAUGCGCCUGAUGGCGAAAAGGACCCGAGACAAGCUCAGCGAAGUGUUGGCCAGGGAGUUCGACCGAAAUACGUUCAAAUUUUACUCCAGCGAAGACCGCAAAGUGAUGAACAGCGCAGAAGAAUUUUCCCGCGGCAUGUUCGGAGAUGAUUUCAAAUCCAAGAUUUCCAUCGAAACGGUCCAUAACAAUUCCAGUUUCAUAGGAUUGGAGUCCUGUCCGAAAUGGCAGACGCCGACCAACGACGUUCAUCCCGAAGCGUUGCGGUUCCGGAGCUCGCCCGAGUACGUGAAAAUGGUCGGUCAGAUCAGCGCCAGACUUGGAUUCCUGGACAACAUAACCGACAGCAUAGUCCACGCAAUGUACGAAUCGUGUCGCUAUAACAAAGCGUUGGUGCUGAAUUCGUUUCCGGCCUGGUGUGGAUUGUUCACCAGACAAGAGUUGCAAUUGCUCGAGUACUACGAAGAUUUGGACUUCUACUACAAGUACGGUUACGGAUCCGACUUUAACGUUAAGGUGGGAUGUCCCAUCGCCCACGAGCUGUUGGGUUAUUUAAACGACGCGGCCAAAGAGCAGAAAGAUUCGCCUUCGGCAGUGUUCAGGUUCGGCUCGUCCGCUGGUCUGUUGACGACCCUGAUCGCUUUGGACAUGGCGAAGGACUCGGUUCCACUCACCCACGCCAAUUACCAUUCCCAGUACCGUCGUCAGUGGAGAAUGUCUCAAGUAGAUCCGUUCUCUGGAAAUCUAGCGGCUGUCUUUUACAAGUGUGACCAAGGCGACGAAGAGAACAAAGUAAUGUUUUAUUUAAACGAAGGCGUGUACGAUUAUCCGGGAUGCAACGUCGGCUUGUGUUCGUGGAAGUUCAUACAAGAGAAAUUCAAAAAAUAUCUCGGACCAAACGAAUGCGGUCAAGUGUGUCACGACCAUAGUUUAGCAUCCGCCGUCGGAAACGCCUUUGUUCUUAUGGUUACACUUUUGACAGCACAUAUUUUUGUGCGCUCAUAAAGAACAACACAAUAAGAUUUUUAAUUAUUAAUUGGCUGUGUCAUAAAAAUAUGCAAAUUAUUUGGGUACUUAGCGUAAUUAGCGUGAUUGGCAUACUUGCAAUGACCAAUUUACAAAAUACAUGGAUUUAUAUUCUCGUUGAACUAUACUAGGUAAUUACAUACAUAUAAUUUAAGUUAUGUUGGAUGCGUAGUUAAAUAUGUCUUAAGAAUAACAAAAAGGAACACUCCCGUGUGGCGGGAAUAAGAAGUUAUAAAAUUCAAUGUACAGUAGAUUAACUACUGUAAACAUAUUAUGUUGUCAAGGAUAAAAUUGAAGUUAGAAAAACAUUCAGACUAAUUUAUACCAAUUGUGCGUGACGAUCUCAACUGCUAACAAGUGUAAAAAUAAAAACACUCAAAACAAACCUCCAGUUAUGGUUUUUUUUUCUAUCCAUCUAAUAAUGUCAUUACUGUGUUGGAAUUUCAGUUUUUUUAUUUACUAUUCAAUCGAAAUCGUUCAAUUUCGUACAUUUAACUGAUUACUGAAUUUCUGAUUGUUCGAAAUUCUUAUUUAAAAUAAUAGCUAAUUUAAAUAUAGUGUAUAAACGAUACAAAUAGUAAUAAAACCAUAUUUUUACUAAGCUACGAAGCCUUUGGCUAUUGAUUUUUUUUUAUUAAUAUUUAUAUGUAUGUUAUAGACUAAAAUAUCUUUAU